CCAGAGCAGGGAGGGAGUGGAUGGGGAGAGGGCUUCUCUGACCACAGGCUGAAGCCCCAGGCAGGCAGGAUGCUCCACUCCCUGGCCCGCCCGGGCGUCUGCCUCUUGUGGCUGCUGUUCCUGUCAACCGGCACGGCAUCCCCCUGCCUGGAGCAGUGCAAAUGUUACCUGAACGCCUUGUUCUGCCAGGAGCCCAACAGCCUCCAGAACCUGGCGCAGCUGCGGGGCCUGGAGAAUUUCACCGAAAUAGUCAUCGAGAACCAAGCCGGACUGACCAACCUGACACUGGACGACAUGAAGAGCCCUCGGGAGCUGAAGAACCUGACCAUCUCGAAGACGCAGCUGCAGUUCAUUUCGCCGGACGCUUUCCGAGCCAACCCAAGCCUGACGCACGUGAACCUCGCCUACAACCAGCUGCGGUCCCUCCAUUGGAAGCUCUUCUACCGUCUCCGUCUCCAGGAGCUGGUCCUCACGGGAAACCCGCUCCAGUGCGCGUGUGGACUGCGAUGGCUGCAGGUGUGGCAGGAAACCAGGCAGCCCGAGUCGGGCAACCAGUCCUUGAGCUGUGUGGAGGAAGAUGGGAAGACGAUCCCCGUGGCCAACAUGAGCAUAGCGGGCUGUGACUUCCCCACGGUCCGGCUGGAAUACAACAGCACUCCCGUGAGAGAAGGCGAGACCGUCACCCUGAUGUGCCGCUUCACAGGAGAGCCCUGGCCAGAUGUGUGGUGGGAUGUGCCAGACGUUGGGCUUUAUCCUCCCAUCAUCUCUAAGAACCCGAAGUCCGAAAUCAUGCUGACGAUCCAGAACGUCUCUUCUCACUUCAACCUCCAGAACAUCACUUGCCAAGCAGAGAAUGAAGCUGGACUCGGCAAGGUUGUGGCCCAGCUGAAUGUGACGUUUCCAGCUGUCGUCUCUGAGCUGGCAGAAGCUGUCAGUCAUCACCUUACGUGCGUACCCUUUACGGUGGAUGGUAACCCCACCCCGAGCAUCCGAUGGAAGAUCAACGGCCGGGACUUAGUUGAGUCCGAGUACAUCCAGACCUAUAUCUUCCCCGAGAAGUAUCACAAUUCCACUAAGGUGCACGGCUGCCUGAACCUCAACAAGCCCACCCAUGUCUCCAACGGGAACUACACUCUGCUCGUGAAAAACUCGCUGGGUUCCGAUUCGGAAACCGUCUACCAACACUUCAUGGACGUCCCUGACAGUUUCAUCCCCGAGGAGCCCGUUCCUGUCUCGCUGCCGCCGAUCAGUGACAAGAACAGCACUUCAGAAGGACCGGUGGAGACUCCGGAAGAACACACUUUCGGGAUCACCGUGGCUGUAGUACUGGCUGUCUGUGCUUGCAUCUUCUUGUCCGUCAUGCUGAUCGUCCUCAACAAGUGUGGCCAGCAUUCCAAGUUUGGAAUUAACCGGUCCGCUGUGCUGGCCCAAGAGGACGACCUGGCCAUGUCCCUGCAGUUCAUGAACCUGGGCAGUAGUCCCCUUUCCUCGGCGGAGAGCAAGCUGGACGCCCUGAAGACCAACUUCAUCGAGAACCCGCAGUACUUCUGCAACACGUGUGUCCACCACAUCAAGCGCAGGGACAUCAUGCUGAAGUGGGAGCUGGGAGAGGGGGCCUUUGGCAAGGUCUUCCUGGCAGAGUGCUACAGCCUGAGCCCCACCCAGGAGAAGAUGUUGGUGGCUGUCAAGACCCUGAAAGAAGCGACGGAGAACGCCCGGCUGGAUUUCCAGCGCGAGGCGGAGCUGCUGACGGUGCUGCAGCACGAGCAUAUCGUGAAGUUCUACGGGGUCUGCACAGACGGCGAGCCCCUCAUCAUGCUCUUCGAGUACAUGAAGCACGGAGACCUCAACCGCUUCCUCCGGUCCCACGGACCAGACGCCAAGAUCCUGGAUAACAGGAACGGGCAGUCCUUUGGCCAGCUGACCCUCAGCCAAAUGCUGCAGAUUGCCACGCAGAUCGCCUCCGGGAUGGUCUACCUCGCCUCCCUGCACUUCGUCCACCGGGACCUGGCCACCCGGAACUGCCUCGUGGGGCACAACCUGGUGGUGAAGAUCGGGGACUUCGGGAUGUCCCGGGACAUCUACAGCACGGAUUACUACCGGGUUGGGGGUCGGACCAUGCUCCCCAUCCGCUGGAUGCCCCCAGAGAGCAUCCUCUACCGGAAGUUCACCACGGAGAGCGACAUCUGGAGCUUCGGAGUGGUGCUCUGGGAGAUUUUCACCUAUGGCAAGCAGCCCUGGUACCAGCUCUCCAACACGGAGGCGAUUGAGUGCAUCACCCAGGGCCGAGAGCUGGAGAGGCCCCGGACCUGCCCGUCUGAGGUCUACGACAUCAUGCAGAGCUGCUGGCAGAGAGAGCCCCAGCAGAGGCAGAACAUGAAGGGCAUCCACAGCAGGCUGCAGACCCUGGUCAAAGCUCCUCCUGUCUACCUGGAUAUCCUCAGCUAAAGCAGGAGGAAGAGAGCGAGAGGCCGGCCGGCUUCUCCAUCCAGCCAGGAUCUGCCUCCCCAGUCCGAAAACACUCUCCCUGUUCUGUGAACACCAGCGAUCCUACUGGGGUAAGGACAAAGCUGGUGCCCCUCCACGCAACCUUCCCCCCUGGUUUGAAUCUGGGCAGUGGGGAAAGAUGGCACCUCCUCGGUCUUGUCCAAGAAAAAAAAGCUCCGUCUGCCUGAAGCGACCCUGACACACGUGCAGAAGAAAGGGAAGCUGGUGAGCUGUCUCCAUUUCGCUCCCUUUUGCCCUGGGAGAUGGACUGAGGUGUGGAAACGGCGCAUGAAAGGCGUCUUUCGCUUCCCGGCAGAAUGGCCACUUGCUGUCCUCCGAGCCACAGCUCCUCUCUGUCUUGCUGCUUUGGGAGGUGAAGGGGACGGUUUACACGCUGGGGGGGAAAAGAUUCCUGUCACUGUG